UUGCAGAGUAUUUAGGAAUAAAGAUUCUACAUUGCACCUUCCUGAAUUUGGAAACUUGGCUGUGCCAAAAAAUUUAUCUAAAAUACAAUUUGAAAACUGCACCCUGACUGGGUUAGACGAGAUGGUUUUACCCGACAGCAUCGUGGAUUUACAAAUAGCAAAAUCGAGGAUAAAAGUUUUUACAAAGUUCAAGAAUUCGAAUAAUAAACUAAGGAACUUGGUAAUUGAAAGAUCAAUCGAUCCAAAGCCUGUCUUUCAGCCAGGGGCAUUUGAAAAUCUUCAGGGCCUUGAAUUUUUGAUAUUAAAUUUAAACGACCUUGACAGCAUUCCUGUUUUCAAUCGCCCUAGUAAACUAAAAGAAUUAAUGUUAACUGGAAAUAGAAUUAAAGAACUAAAGGCGAGACAGUUGAAAAAUCUUCCUAAACUAAAAAUAUUAGUCUUGGACAACAAUGAAUUUACAUCGCUACGAAACGGAAUGUUUCCUGAAGACAACGAAAUUGAAACACUCGAUUUCUCAUAUAAUUCUAUCAAGAACAUUGAGUCGGAUGCCUUUGCAGAAUUGACUAAUGCAAAGUACUUAGAAUUAAACGGCAACGACUUUAUAAAUUUACCAACAAACGGACUUCAGAAUCUUAGGAACUUGAGUCUGAAAGGGGUGGAGAGUCUACGUACCAUUCCUGAAGGCCUACACCGUAUUGAAAAGCUCGAACUAGCUAAAGGAAAAUCCCAUCUGUGCUGCAAGGUCAAGUUUGACAAGGCUCGUAAAGGUUUGACGGGACCUCGAACCUUUCCUCCAGAUAAUACAAUGGCCCCAACUACCCUGGUCCCCACUAUGCCAACAACACCAAGAAAUAGAUCCACAACAGGUCAUUCGCUUCCUUCUGGUUUUGGUAGACGGAAACGAAGAGACGACGUAGUAACCCACCCCCUGGACCUAACAGAAACACCCGGUCCCUCCCCGUUCGUUCCAACACCUCCCCUCUCGUCCUUGGAGUGUACCCCUGAACCCACAGCUUUUCAACCAUGUGAGAACAUCAUGGGAGCUGACUGGUUAACUGCUUUAUCAUUCAUCAUAGCGCCAUUUGCAUUGUGUGGUAAUUUUGUGGUCCUUGUCGUCUUUCUAUGCCUGGCAAGAAAUUACAACGUUUCAAGAUUCCUGGUGACUAAUCUAGCUCUUGCGGACAUGAGUAUGGGUAUAUACUUACUGUCUCUUGUCACUGAAUCCGUCAUUACCUCGAAAGAGUACUACCUUCAUGUGGAACGGUUCCAAUUCGGCACCAGUUGCAAAGUUCUUGGAUUUUUAGCGAUUUUCAGCGAGUUAUCGCUAUUUUCAUUGAUGCUGAUAACAGUGGAGCGAUACCUGACCAUUGUGUAUGCAAUGUACCCACGUUACCGACUAACGAUGCGUACAGCGGUCAUCUGCAUGAUCCUAGGUUGGUCCGUUGCAAUUACUGUGGCGAUUCUACCAAUAGUUGGUGUUGGAAGUUAUAAAAAAGUCGCGAUUUGUUUACCAUUUGACACGGACAACGGCGGAGAUUAUUACUUAUUCUUUGUAUUUGGUUUAAAUGGCGUUGGAUUCCUGUUUAUUUGCUCGCUCUAUGCUCAAAUUUACCGCUCUGUCUUUAAAACGAAAAACUCGACACCAACUCGCAACCAGGACUCGAGAGUUGCCCGCCGUAUGGCAUUGCUUGUUUUCACAGACUUUGCUUGUUUCGCUCCGAUUGCCAUCACUGGUCUGUCAGCAUUACUGGGUCAUGCUCUGAUUGACGUACAACAAUCGAAAUAUCUUCUGGUAUUCUUUUUUCCUUUAAACGGACUCUUGAAUCCGUUUCUAUACGCAAUAAUCACAAAGUCAUUUCGUCGUGAUCUUGCUGUUUUGCUCAAGAACUGUUUCGUUUGCGGAGGGAAUCUGACGAAUUAUAUAUCCAGUUUCCCUGCACGAUCAGUACAAAGUACAAACGAUGUAUUAAGCCCGUCUGCUCGACCGUCGUUAGACUUCAACGCCAUGGGUGGCUUUCAUAGCUUGGGAAAUAUCAGAGGGUCCAGAGAGAAUCCAGUUUCGGCGUCGUUUUCCAAGUCAGAACCUAACUUGGUUAGGUUCAGUCAAGAGGCAUUAAGUUAGUGUCCUCUAAAUUAGGGAUCGUUCAUUAUUGGUGACGUGGGGUGAUGAAUUGGAAAGCUGGACUUCUUUUGAAAGAAGAAUGAAGGAUUGCAAAUUUUUGAAACUAGAAUUUACCUGAGAUUUUAAGUUUGAAUGCCAAAUCUUGCCACCAAAAUCAUCCUAUCCCUCUCCCCAAUAAAUAAUGAAUGGCCUUUAGCUCUGAUUCUAAAGAGAUAAUUGAAAUUUUUGAUUGGUAGCUUCGAUGAUAUGUAGACAUUGCAAUGCAAACCAACUACCUUUCAUAGUGAACUAAAUUAAGGUGAUUGUCGUCCUACAGCCAUAAGAUAGCUUUACUGAUUUUGACAAAUUCUAAAUUUCAUAUCCAAUAAUUUGAAUGGUGGGACAGUGAUAAAAUUAGUAAAAACAAGUUCUACGGUGUUAUGUAGAAGAAUCGUCAAGUAUGCCAAUAAUAUUUUAAGUCCAUAAUGUCAAUGAGAACAGUGUUCGGCUGGCUAAGAGACACUGAACGUGUGGGGAAAAUUGUUAGUUUAAAAGUGUGUAUAUUUUUGAUCGUGAACAUAAUUUAUUGUAGAAUAUAUAUAUAUAAGUUGUGUAUAUUUAAUUUUACAUUUGAUAAGUCGAUACUAGACGAACGUGAGAUAUAUGAUAAAUUUUAAAAUAUACAAAGACAGAUCGGGAUACAUUCACUCCCGGGUGAUUCAUUGUACAUACUGCUAAAUAUUGUACAUAUAGAGAGGAAUGGAAUAGAAUUAAUGAAGUAAUGUUGUCAUAAAAAAUUCUCGGUGUUUUGAAUUCUACAGGAUGUAGAAAAAGAUGAAUCUUUAA